AUCAGGCUCCCAAAGCAGUGAAGAAAUUCCUUUAAAACUUUAAACGCCAUGGUCACCAGGCUGACCGACAGCAAGGCCGACAUGGCAAUGCCCUUCCCGCCGCCCUCCCGAUCAAGGAGCACCUCAGCUGGAAGCUCCGAAGCAAACCAGCCUGAAGAUGAGCUGCGUGAGAGCACCCGGCCGUCCAGUUUUGUCUACCCUUCCCUGUUGGAUACGAACUUAAAGGGCUUUCAGGAAUCAAGAGAUGAGAGAGGUGUGAGGUCAAAGUCAUCUUCAGGUGUUCUUGGCCUCCCUGAGAUGCAUCCACUCGCUUCACAGCUCAACUCCAUCCGUGCACCACCUGGUUUGGAGCAUUUGGAACACACAGAGUUGAACACGGAGCAGUUGGCAUCACCACUAGAUCCACUAGAUUUACCAAACUGUCCUGGAAGCAUUGUGGAACCACCACCUGGGUUGCAGAACGGCUACAGUGACUACCCAAUGCAGAUUGGGCCAGUGGACUGUGGGGCAGGCUGCAAAAUCUUCAUACCACCUGUCCAUUCAUUUGUGCCACCACCUCCUGCCCACUCCCCGAAAUUGCCUGCGACAAUCUCGGAACCUGAGCCAGAUGCCUUCAUGAGUGCACCAGUGGCGCCAGUUGUUCGGGCAAGUUCGCUUUUUGCAAGCAUAGGAUCGUUGAACCAUGGUGUUGGCGCUUGCAAGCCCUGUGCUUUUGUACACACAAAGGGUUGCCAGAGCGGAGUGGAUUGCACUUUCUGCCACCUGUGCCCGCCUGGUGAGAAGAAGCGCUGAUCCAAGAUCACAAAGCAGAUGGCAAAGUGCCAGAGCGUCCUCGAAGGAGGUGCUAGUCUGUGCUAAUAGUGGGAACUGCUUCUAAAAUCCGAUGCCUGCCACACCGGUUGUAAAUGUUGGCCAAAUGAGGUAAACACUCCUGACGCAGUGCAGCAAAAGAGACUGCAUUGCGCUCUGCAUCCCUUUUUGUACAGGUUCCAGAGGGAUGUAGGCGGAGUUCCAUGGCUAGUAUGCCUUUCCGCCGGCUGUUGAACAGACUUGCAUUUGCAUUACUUUGCCUUCCCUAAACAACUUUGCCGUGGUAUCACCUGCUGCCAAAGCAGAGCCAAAACAACAACCCAAGGUAGGACAACAAGCAUAUUUCAAGAUUAUGUUGUCGCUCAAGGAUUUACAUUUUGAAUGAAGGAUUUGUAGUUCUGCUGUAGCUGCGCGCCGCCAUUGAAU